CUGACCGACGAUCUUGAGGAGCAGAAAGAGUUGUCACAUCUGCUGGUGCUGCCUGCUAGUCCGGCGGUGCGAGUGGUUUCUUGAGGUCCGUCUUGUGAACCGGGAGUCUUUGUGAACGUCAUUGGGCGACCGACGUUGUGAUCAUCGAGUGUUGUCUCGUAGACGUGAUUGGACGCUGACCGACGUUGUGAUAUAGUGUUGGCUCGUACAGGAUGGCCGCAAACGUGUGGGAUGAAAGGGAGAGGAUGUACUACACUGACGUUGGGCUUGCUGGCGGCAUGUCCACAGGGAUGGAGGGGAAGGACCGUUUGGAAGCUGGUAUUGGCGAGCAACUGAGGCAGGGGGAGGUGGUCGACGCCCAAGGCGUAGAAGCUGAACGGGCGUAUUACGGCAAAGUGGGGGGCGGCGAUCGCGUGGGUGCAGCUGAAGGGGGGAUCAUGAACGGCAAGGAUUGGGUGCGGGACAAAGACCAGGGACUGCCGGGAGAUGAGGUCUAUAGGAGGGAGGAGACAUAUUACGUCGGCGGCGGUGAGGGACGGCAGCAGCGUGAGCGUGUCGGCAUUUUCGAGGGCGAGGGACGGCGUGAUCGAGUCGGCGUUUAUGGAGGAGGUAUGGAGGGGAAAGGUCGAGUUGAGAUGGGAGAGAGAGAGGGUUUUGUUGCAAUUGACGACGAGCUGAGGAGAGAGAAGCUGUACUACUCUGGCAUAGAAGACCGUUCUGCUUAUGGGAGGAGGAGGGAAUGGCAGGGAGCUGAAGAUUGGUCGAAAGAUCGAGAGCGGGAGUAUCGACGGUGGCGGGGCAGCACUGCAGAGCGAAGCGUCCUUCUCAACGACGAGGACCUGGUGCGCGCCAGAAAGACCGUCGAGGAGCGUCUUCGAGAGCUUAAGAGGGGUUCCGUUAGAGAGGAGAGGGUGUGUUUUAACGUCCCGAUGAAGGACAAGAUUAUCGGAUUGGAAGAGAGGACGCUGCUGGUGCCCGUUCCGCCGUAUGGCGAUGUGGACGUGGGGGGCGUGGUGGAGGCGGAAGCGAGGCGGUUGCGCUUGCAAGCGCUCAAGGACGAGAUCGACAUCAGAGUGGAGUCGUACAAGGCGGCGGAGCGCAGCAAGGCGGAGGCGUGGAUGGCCCUCGCGCAGGCCCAGGCCGUAGCGGAGGAGUGCUUGUCGGACCUGGAGGCGCUGGAGAUCCGCCGCUUCGCGGAAGCCAAAGGGCAAGCCAUCAUCGAUGCCGCGGAGAGAGAGAAGAUGCGGAGGUUGCGCACUGCGAGAGAGAAGGCGGAGAACGAUAUCAUCACGGCGGAAGCGCUCAAGGGGAAGCGGAUGGGCGACGCUUCGCAGAGGGUGGCGGAGAUCUUGAGGAAAGCGGAAGAUCUUUCCAACUAUGAUUUGGAUUUCGAGGUCAGGGUAAUCCGCCGACUCACGCGGCGCGCAGCGACGGAGAUGAGCAGCGCAGACGCGGCUGUACGUGCAGGCGGGUUUGGUGAUUUGUCCGGUUUGCGAGAAUACCCCGCGAAAGCGGAGCCGGUGCGCACAGAUGUGCCCGCUUCCCCCCGCACCACGGUCGAGGCGCUGCGUGUCGGUCGGCCAGCUGCCCACUCCAGGUCAUCUUCAGUCUCAGAAACCCCGAAGGAUAUGUCUGGGCGAUCGCCACGUGGCGUUCGGCAGUCUGUUACGACCCUCGGGCCCACAGGACUUCAGGAGAUGACGACCGGUCCUGUGACGGGCGACCUGUACGGCAAAGGCACACCGAUGGAACGACCGGUCGUCCUGGGAGGGGGCGAAACGCAAUCUGAAUCAGUCGAGGCUCUUCCAUCCCCUGCGAGGGAGAAGAAGAGAGGGGGAUUUGCGAGGAAGAUUAAGGAGGUCGUCAAGAACACCAUCUAAGGUGUUCUGAGUCGACCGCGACCAGUACGGCAAAGACGCACCGAUGGAGCGAUCGGUCGUCCUGGGAGCAAACGAAACGCAAUCUGAAUCAGUUGAGGCUCUUCCAUCCCCUGCGAGGGAGAAGAAGAGUGGGGAUUAGCGAGGAAGAUUAAGCAAGUCGUCAAGAACAUCAUCUAUAAGGUGUUUAGCGAGGAAGAUUAAGCAAGUCGUCAAGAACAUCAUCUAUAAGGUGUUCUGAGUCGGCCGCACCGAGCCGACCUGGUUCUUUCUGAGUGAUUGAUUCUUUGUGCUCGACAAUCUGGAAGAAGUGUAGCCUUGAUUGGUAGGUGAGAGAAGUAGACAGCAUCGGGUCAACGUAGUCUUUGACUGAUUGCGUCGUUGUUUUGUCUACCGGAAAGUGUAAUCAUAGCAUGUUUGUGUGGAGGGUGGCUGUUGAAGCUGUUGAGAGUCGUCGAUCUCUUAAUCGCCUGUACACGUGUCGGUUAUCCCUUUCGCGCGAUGGCUGAGAUCGUUUCCAUGUACAGGAAGGCGUCUUUGUACAUCAUAGCAUGUUUGUGGGGACGGCGGCUGUCGAAGCUGUUGAGAGUCGUCGAUCUCUUAAUCGCAUGUACACAUGUCGGUUAUCCCUUUCACGCGAUGGCUGAGAUCGUUUCCAUGUCCAGGAAGGCGUCUUUGUACAGUCCCAUUACUUGACGGCAUGGUCGGUGUUCCAUGAACUGAAAAAGCAGGAUAUGGAUUUUAGACAACUGUGUACUAUAAAUGAUGAUAAUGAUGAUGAUAUGUCGAUCAGAAGUCUAUUCUUCAGAGCCCACUUAGCUUUGUCACAACGUGAGCCAUCACAGAAUCCCCGUCGUGAUCCAGGCGGGCUUCGAGCUUUGUUUGAAGAGCUUUCAAGAUGUGUUGUCAUGCUGGGAGCGUGUGAGAGAGGCAUGCGUACGUAGAGGGAAUCGGGGAAACGGCAUGUUGAUUGACCGAGUGGGGAUAGAACAAACAAUAUCAUUUAGAAUGAUUGAUUGAAUCUGAUAUUAACCUGGUUUAUGUCCGUAGAUGUGUGUGGGAGAGGAGGAGAAUAUAAAAGAGACUUCAGGUCUGAAGACGUGUCUCGGGGAGUUGAGGGGGAUAUCAGGGUGUGUGAGGCAUUCGUACAGCGAAUUGAGGGAAUGGCACGUCGAUUGACAGGGAAUUGAGGGAAUGGCACGUUGAUCGAUUGCUUCGUGGACUUUUUUCUCUGUGGAUGUGUGUAUGGUGGAGAAGAGAGGGUUAGGAUAGAUUUUGACGUGUCGAUACUGUGCAACAGAGAACGUAUGACGUCUUACCCUCUUGUGUUCUAUGGUGCGUGACAGAACACAUGCACUAUAAGCUGCGCGGGGCAUUCCGCAAAUUGAUCAGUGAUGGGCAAGGGACUUACCAUAAAUUUAGAGUGCUUGGAUAUGGCAGGACGUUGUUUUUUACGUCAAGCACAAGAGUUUUAGUGAUGGGCAAGUGACUGAUCAUAAUUUCGGAGUGAUUGGAUAUCGCAGGACGUUGAUUUUACGUAAAGCACAAAGUGAUGGGCAAGUGACUGAUCAUAAUUCCGGAUUGAUUGGAUAUGGAGUGAUUGCAUAUGGCAGGACGUUGGUUUUACGUCAAGCACAACAGUUUUUCUCGUUUUGCAGUCAAUAGCUAGCUAGCUGCAACGGUGUUAAAGUUUCGCCGCCGUGUUGGCAUGCAAUCUGUCUGUACCUUGAUCGACUUUUUGACAUUGCAUUUUAGUGU